CACCAUCAGAAUGCAAGUAUGAAUGGAGCCUUCUACAGCAACCCACCAGUGAUGACCCUGGUUCUGUCAGUGAUACUAAGAGUCAGACCAUCACUCUGUCUCAUCUGAUGCAAGGAGUCUACAUAUUCAAGGUUGUUGUUGAUGCUCCAAAAGCACAUGGCGAGGCUGUGGGGAAUGUAACAGUUCUUCCAGCCAAGAGAGUCAACCAGCCUCCUAAAGCUAUCAUUGUUCAACCAUCUCAAGAAAUUAAGCUUCCAACCUCUGGGGUCAUUAUUGAUGGCUCUGGAAGCACAGAUGAUGAUAUGAUAGUGUCAUACCACUGGGAGAUGGUAACUGCACCAUUGGGAUACAAACUUCCUGAUCAAACUGGGCCUACAUUACAGCUCACUGAUCUUAUUCCAGGAAGUUAUAGAAUAAUGUUGCGAGUCAAGGAUAAAGAAGGGCUUGAAGGAAAUGAGACAACUGUUGUGAAUGUUAUUAAGGAAACAGAUUAUCCACCAACAGCAAAUGCUGGGGGUGAUCAGAUAGUUUACCUCCCUCAGACAGAAAUAAUCUUGUAUGGGAACACAAGCACUGAUGAUCAUGGUAUUGAAGAAUGGGAAUGGACUAAGGGCCCUAAAGAUUCUGGUAAAGCAGUGGACAUGCAGGACACGAGAACCCCAUUUUUGCAUCUAAGUAAUUUGGAGGAAGGUCACUAUCAGUUUAUACUUCGUUGUAGCUUGAUAGCAUUGGCCAGUCUUCUAAUACUUCAGUCUAUGUUUAUGUACAAAAGCCAAACCUUGCUGCACCAAAAGCAAAUGCUGGAGAAGACAUUCAGAUUGUGCUGCCUAACACAACAGUAAUGCCCUUGAUGGAACCCACAGUACAGAUAAAUACUAUGACAACUCACUGGCUUUGGAAACAGAUCAGUGGUCCAAAUUCUGCACAUUUCUUAAAGACAGAUGAGGUAAAAGUGAAUAUUUCAGGACUAACCAAAGGAAAGUACACAUUUGAACUGACAGCAUGGAAUGGGGAUGAUCCCACUAAGAAUACUACUGAUAAUGUCACAGUUACAGUAAUACAAG